GGCAACUAUGUGCCACACAUAAUAUAUCUCAACUGCAAGCAGACAAAGGAAGAGGCAGACAGAGAAGUAAGAAUGGCUGAAGCAGAUAGCUCUAGCAAGGAUAACAGAUGGAGUCUGCAUGGCAUGACUGCCCUUGUUACUGGUGGAACCAAAGGAAUCGGGCAUGCUAUCGUAGAGGAACUAGCGGGACUAGGAGCAAGAAUUCAUACAUGCUCCCGAACCGAAACCGAGCUCAACAAGUGCUUACUUGAAUGGCAAGCAAAGGGCUUCCAAGUUACUGGUUCAGCCUGUGAUGUUUCGUCUAAGGCCCAAAGGGAAAAGCUAAUUAACACUGCCUCCUCUGUAUUCAACGGGAAACUUGACAUCCUGAUAAACAAUGUGGGAACCGUUUUUGCAAAGCCGAUUUCAGAGGAAACGGCUGAAGAAGUUUCAUUUCUCAUGGGUACCAAUUUUGAGUCAGCUCAUAACUUGAGCCUACUUGCACAUCCUCUUCUGAAAGCUUCAGGGGCAGGAAGCGUUGUGCUUCUCUCUUCAAUUGCUGGCCUAAUACCACUAAGAACUGCGCCUACAUAUGGAGCAACCAAAGGGGCCAUGAACCAGCUUGCAAAAUACUUAGCAUGUGAGUGGGCGGGAGACAAUAUUAGGGUCAAUGCUGUUGCACCUUCAGUGAUCAGAACUCCCCUUGUUGAACCUUUUUUUCAUGAUGAAAAAGCACUUGGGGCUUUCAUCACUAAGAUUCCGAUGGGACGCACCGGAGAGCCAAAAGAAGUCUCGUCAUUGGUGGCAUUUCUCUGCCUGCCUGCAGCUUCUUAUAUAACAGGGCAGAUUAUUUACGUCGAUGGAGGGAUCACACUGAACGGCCUCUUCUUCCCAUCAAACAUAGCAUGAAAGGGAAUUGAACACCACCCACCCCACUUCGCAAUUUGCUAUGUAUAAGACUCUUGCAAUAAGACACCUUUCAACUAGACGUGUCAUGGGUCGGCUAAGGCCAGAGCCUGAGAAGGCUAGUUCAAGCCCAUUCAUAUGCCUGAACUUUGUUUUUAUGCCUAAACAAAGAAACCCAGCAUGUAUGUAACUUUGAUCCUCUAUAAACCGUAUUUGCAUAUUUUGGGCUU